CCUUCGCAGCCCUUUUGGUUUUGUUGUAAUCGUUUUUCCCACCAGAUAAUAAGUGUGGGUAGAUAGGCGGUUUUGUAUAUAGAUCCAUGUAUGUAGGGCUUUUCAUGUUGUUUUGAGUUAUACUGCGUAAUUCUGAAAAAGACAUGAAAAAGGGAGGCGAUUUGGAAGCAGUUCGCAUAAGCAGAACAGCCACGAACGCAGUGGGGCAGCGAAGCAGAGGUGGCGCUGGAGGUAAGGGCGGACAUGAGGCUUGUAGUGACGGCCAAGAAACAAUUUUUGGUGAUGGAAAUUAGGUUUUCGGCUUUUGGGCCGAAAAUCUAGGGUUUCCGUCGGCUGAAACUGUUUUGGCCAUAACUUUUGCCUCGGUUGUCCGUUUUCAGCCCAUGAUACCUUUUCGGAAACGGGAGGACGAGAUCUACACGAAUUACAGCUACGCCGUAACGGCGAAUGCCGCAGCCAAAUUCGAUCGUCUUCACGAAGUUUUCGCGACUUCUUCCCGAGGCGGCCCGGUUCCAGUUUUUCCAUCGCGUGAGAGGCCGAUGUCUAGCAUCUGUCCGCGCCCCUUUUAAUCCUUUAUCAAAAUGUCGUUCAAUCCACUUAUGACUGUUCUCAAUCAAAACAAACUCGUUGGUCCGAAUUAUUUGGACUGGAAACGAAAUCUGGACAUUGUCCUUGCUGCGGAUGACUAUAAAUUCGUCCUAAGCACCCCUGCUCCAGCAGACUUAACUGAGGAAUCCACUGAAGAGGAAAGGGAGGCUCAUCGGAAGUGGCAUAGGGCUGAUCAAAUGAGCCGUUGCUACAUAUUGGCGUCAAUAACCAAUAUGUUGCAAUUGCAGGUUGAAAAGUUGCCUACUGCUACUGACAUGAUGUUGAGCCUCAAGGAGCUCUUUGGUGAGUCAGAUAGGGCUGCUCGAUUUGAGGCAAUGAGGAAGAUUAUGACUUCCUUCAUGCCAGAGGGAACUUCUGUGCGUGAGCAUGUUCUCAAGAUGAUGGAAAAUCUGAAUGAGAUAGAGCUGCUCGGGGGUCAAAUCGAUGCUGACACCAAGAUCGAUAUGAUCCUGCACUCACUCCCUAAGUCCUACGAGAAUUUCCGUCUCAACACAAUCCUGACCAAGAAGGACUAUACUUUAGCCGAGCUUCUUGUGGAUUUGGUUGCAGCGGAGGGACUCAUGGGUAGGACUCCACAGGCGCUGUUUUCUGCGCAGUCUGGACCUUCUUCGUCGAAAGAUGGGAAGAAGAAAAAGCCUGCCAAGAAAAAGGGUGCUGCAAAUACAAGACAGGACAUUGGAAAGCUGAUUGUCCCCUUCUGA